AUGCUUAGUGACUCAACGACCCACAUCCCCAAGAACGACUUUGAGGAGGAAUUGCCGCGAGCGGUUCCGAGAGGCGUCCGAAAGGAGGAAGAGUUGCCGCCAGAGACCUCGUCGCGCGUCGUUUUGCCGCCUGCUUUCCAGCAGCAGCGGGUCCACAUCCCGGCGCCCGGGGACACGCUGCACGGCUUCUCUGUGGAGCUGUUGCAAGAGGCUGUCCGCCAGAUGCCGGUCGAGGAGCGCGAGGAGAUGGUGAGGCUCGGUAGAUCUGCCAACAGCUUCAAGGAGAUGCGCAUCAAAUUCGGUUUCACACAAUACGACGUCGGCUUUGCGAUGGGCCGUCGCUACGGGGCCGAGAUUUCGCAGACGACGGUGUCGCGCUACGAAGCCUGUCAGUUGACGUACAAGAACAUGCAGAAGCUGAUGCCCAUCUUCGACACGUGGAUCACCGAGGCUGAAGCGUCGAUUAUCCACGGCGUCAGCCUCCUCGACAUUAUCCAAAAUGGCACCAAGGCGAUCCCGAAUCAGCCCGCCCCUGUCGUCAACAUCAAGAAGCGGAAGAAACGCGUCAACCUCGACACGCAACAGCACAAGUCGCUGGAGGUCGUCUUUUGCAUCAACCCACACCCCUCACGCGCAUAUAUGGAUGAUCUGUCGGAGCAGCUUGGCUUAGAAUACGAGAAGACGCGUCGUUCAUUCCAGGAAGAGCAGGCGUCCGGCGACUGCUCGGAAUAUACCGGUGUCGAUUUGGAGGAGCUCGUCGCCAACGCGCCCGGGCCCUCGCGCAAGCGCAGCAAGCACGCAUGUGCAGCUGACGGGGCUGGUCUCUACGGUCCGCGUAUGCCAUACAACACGGCCAACACCUACAAACUAAUCGAUCCAGCCGCCCAGAAACGGUCUGCGGCGAUGGUGGACAACAUGGACGUCGACCAGCCGGGGCCGAGCCGCGCCAGCAACACCACCACCCACGACGCGUAUGCUGCCUAUGAUGUCGCCGAGUUCAUGAUGAAGCGUGAAGCGCGCGACGAGAACAAUAAU